CUGACAUCGUUGACACAAGCAUUUAAUUUGAAUUUCGAUAACAAAGAUGGUAUGAUUUCUUCGAAUCAAGUGAACAAUUCUGACAUCCUUCAAAAAGAUAGCGCCUACGAUACAUACCGAUUGAGGACGGAACACACACCAACAUCGGCUUGUAUUCUCCAAAACAAAGAUAUCGACAUCCUCACCGCAAAUAUGGCUCACAAAGAUUGGAUUCCCGACCAGGAUCGCCAGUUGUACUCAUGUUUUCCGCACCAAAAUAGCGGUAGAAGCACAGAUUCGUUACAAAUAGUGUGUAGCCACAGUGUAACACCAUGCACGCGAAACGGACAUUUGCAGAGAGAUAAAAGUUCGAUUGAAAAUCAAAAAUACGAGGGAAGUAACAGUAAGAAAAGGAAAUUAGAAUCUGUAUAUAAAUUGGCUGAUAUGGCUAGAAAGACUAAAACAAAUGAAGCGAAGAUUUCUUCCAAAUGGUUGAGAUUUACGUUUGAGGAUUUAAACGGAUAUGGUGUUGCACUUCAAUCGAUGAAGGAGAUUCUUUUGGUUCUCCAAAAUGAAAAGAUAACAAGACAACAUAUGAGGAAAAGAUGCUGGAAGGAUACUUUAGAAGAACAGGCUGUGAAUGCGAUCUUAAAUUUUUGUGAUGUUUUCGAAGCUGAAAAUAAAACUUCAAUAUGCACGGAAGAAAUUGUACAGGCAGUGACUAGUUUCCUGGACAAGUGUAUAGAAAAUACUGGAUUGAAUAAGUUAAACUAAAAUAUGAUAAAUAUUU